AUGAGAAAGACAAAGAAGAAUAACACGAGAAGUAAGAAUUCCCCAAGGGACGGCUUGGAAGGGGGGAAAGGCCAUAAGACUGAAAAUGACAUUGAGGCAAUAUUCUCUAAGGUAGAUUCUCCGAAGAUAUGCAAGGUUAAAGAAGGAAAGGAAGAUGAGGAAUCCGACAAAGGAAGAUAUUUCUCUGUUGGAGAGGGUGGUAGGAGAUAUCAUGAGGGGCUUCCGGUUUAUACGCUCGAAGAGCUUCAACUUGGAGAUGGUGGAGGUGAUACCGAAGAUUGCCCAAUAUAUUGCGACUGUUGCACGUGA